GGGUUCGUGGACCAAUACUACUAUAGGGAUAGGGAUGGCAGUUUCUUGUUUGAUUCAUUCCUGUCAAGAGACGAUGAUAUGGAUGAGGUUGAAUCACCUGUUCGUUUAGAUGGGGAAGAGCCUGAAGUUGAUUGUCAGAUACCACUGAAAGGAAUGGUGUUCAUGUCAGAGAUGGAUGCUGAAAAAUUUUACUACCACUAUGCUGAGAAGAUCGGUUUUAAAGUGAGAAAAGGUAAGGUACAAAGGCUAUCAAAUGGGGACAUUAAAAGACGAUUUUUUCUUUGUUCAUGCGAAGGUUUUCGGGCCAAGAACCAAUCCAAUCAGACCAAAAACAAGUAUCAGAGAAAAGAAACAAGAACAGGUUGCAAUGCCCAUGUCCAAGUUACACUUGAAAAUGGACAAUGGGUGAUUACAGAACUUCAUCUUGAGCAUAACCAUGACCUUGAAAGCCGUAAUCAAAGGUCAAAUAAGAACAUCCUCGAUAGGGAUAAAUUGCGCUUGGGUGUUUUUUCUCGGAAUAUUCGCUCUAAACAUGUAUUUGAACCAGUCGAAUCUCAAGUAACCGACUCCAAAAGGGCAGAAGAAGAGGGUCUAUCCAAGGUCCAUACUCCCUCCAUCCUUGAUGAAGCUGAAGACGUAGAUCAAACCAUUCGGGAUGCUAACAACGCUGCAGGAGUGGUUCAUAUUAUGGCAGCUGAAUCAUUUGAGGGCCAGAAAACACGACAGGCUGAGGCCUGGAAACCCACAAGCACUACCCAAGCUCUUGAGAAGGGAAAGAAAUUACCCCCACUACACCCUAAAAAAGUGUUUAUUCCUCCUCAGCCACAAGAGGAAAAGGAGGAUACAAUGAGCAGUAAUCUGCCAGAUUGGGUAUUCACUCAUGGCAACGAAGAGGUUGAGGUAAAGGGCACUGAGGAUGUACUACAACACACUGCUAAUGAUGUGGAGAACAUUUCUAAUGAUGGGAUACUAGUGAAAGAUAGGGUCUCCGAAUUGCCGCCUACUUCAGCUGUUCAUGUCUCAAUUCCUUUGCCUCAAAGCUUUGUUGAACUUCUUACUCCCUUCUCUCCAAGUCGGGCCCCAGUGCCACUAACCACCCUUACCAGUGCUCCUGAGAAGCCCAUCCUAUCCUCUUUUUCAACAGUUGGCUCAGACUCAUCACCUACCAUUAUUUCGAGUCAUGAACUUCAGGGUAGGAGAGCACCACCCGCAGUCCAAAAUCCUACUCUCCCCAUCUCAACCAUGACCAAUGCUAGCACAUUGGUGCCGGGAAGCUCAAACCUACAACCUCCUCCCCAAGCCGAGCACCAGGGGAUUAUAAGGGAUGAAGGGUCUAUUCCCCAAAUAGGCCCACAUGCUCUGGCAGUAAGUUUGGCAUGGAUCAGGGAAACCAGUAUUCAAGUUCAAGGACCUGGGUUCUCUCCUGCAGGCUAUUCAAUUUUGGAGCAAAUAUUUACCAAGUAUGGGGACAUAACUGCUGACUGCUGCUUUACAGCGCCCCAGUUUCGAGCCCAGUUUCUAGCCUCCAUAGUGAAGAUUGUGCAACUGAUGCAGCAGCACACUGCCCGAGAACUAUCAGAUGCAGAUAUCUCCUUUAUUUGUAGUACAUUGAGCGAUUUGGAGAGGGCACAGGUUAAGGUUGAUUGGUUAAGAACUCAAUUUGUUACUGUGGGGCCUCUGAUUCACUAUGCACAGGCUGAGGCCAAGAGGGCCAUGAUGCUCACUCGCUUGAGUGCAAUGAAAGUUGAAAUGGCACAGCUAGAGCAUGAGCUGGAUCAAUCUGAGGCCAUCUUGCGAGGCUUGAAAGAUCAAAUGCCUGACUGGCUUGGAAUUGAGGAUAAGCUUGGCAAGGGAUUAUUGUAGACCAUUUGCUCAUUGUUUUCUGUUUGUUUUUUUAAGCUUGGAUGACUUGAGGAAUAUUGGCAUGUUGGAGUUCACAUUUAUCAGAUAAUGAUCCAUGGAAGCUAAAACAUUAGCUGACUAAUUCAUCAUCCCAAAACAUGAGAACAACCAAAUCCAUGUUAUGAGCUGAAGUCCUUGUAGAAUCCUUGUUCUGAUUGCUGAAACUCAAAAGGAGACUAUAGUCCAUAAGAUAGGGAAGAAUUCCUUAUUCUGAUUGAUUUGAAUUUCUGAAUUUCGAAGUGAUCAGCCCCUUAGGUAUGACUUGCUUAGUUUUCUAAGUUUUGCAUUUCAGAAAGCUCUGUAAGAUAUAUAUUUACAUGUUUUCUUAUAUAUGAAAUCUGAUCUGUGUUCAUCUUA